AUGAACAUUCCAAUGCAUUGUCUUGGGUUUGCUUUGAGUCCUAAGUAUUAUGACCUUCAUUAUCUUGAUAGACCAGCCCCUGGAGGAGAUCCUAGAAGGCCUCCAAAUCUGGACAGAGAAGUUAUUUCAGGUGUUAUGGAAGCUUUUUCAAGAAUUGCUGAAAGUGAGGAAGAACAUAAACUUUUACGUGAACAAUUUGCUAUUUUUCACAUGAAGAAAGGAUUAUAUGCAAUGGCAGCAGCUCAAAUGGAUGCAGUAACAAUGGAUGGAAUUGAUUGGUGGUCCACAUAUGGCUCAGAGACUCCAGAUUUGGCAGAGGUAGCAAAAAAGGUAUUAUCACAGCCAGUAAGUAGUUCUUCUGCUGAAAGAAAUUGGAGCACAUAUUCUUAUAUUCACAGUGUUAAAAGGAAUAGAUUAAAUUGUACAAGAGCUGAUAAGCUAGUGUUUAUUCACUCAAACAUUAGACUUCAAUCACGUUUCUUGGAAAACUACAAAGAGGGGCCAUUUAGGAAAUGGGAUAUAGAUCCAGAUGAUUCGUGCAUAGAAGAUUCUACCCUAAGACUUGAGGAUCUAAGAUGGAGAAAUUUGGAUGAGGACUUCGGUGAUGUGCCAAAUAGAGAUGAAGACAUGAAAGAGGGUUCAACUUCAACAAGUGCAUCUUUUGUUACUAAACCACGAAGACCUUCCAAAACAAGCACGGCAAAAGGAAAAGGAAGGAAGUGUUGA